AUGCGGCCACUCAUUUACGAAGAUGGGUCGUCAGCCUUCCGGCAGAAAAUAUUGCUAUCCGUUAUCACUAAUCAAGCUAUUCGUGUCAAGAAUAUCAGAAGUCGCAGCAAAAAUCCUGGGGUUACGGCUUCAGAAGUAGACUUCCUGAAGCUUAUAAAUGCAAUUAGCAAUGGUGCUGUUGUCAAAAUUAAUGACACCGGUUGUAUCGUUUCCUUCUCUCCUGGUACUCUCGUUGGCGGUGAAGUGGAUUUUAACUGUUCUCCGGAACGCGGUCUGGGCUAUUACUUGGAACCCUUGAUCUUGCUCUGUUCAUUCACAAAACUCCCAAUGAGCCUUGUCCUCAAAGGUGUUACAAACAACACCAUCGACCCCUCAGUCGAUGUCCUAAUCCAAAGCUGGCUGCCAUUUCUAAAGAGGCUUUUGCCACCAGCUUCAGCCAGUGCUUUAAACAUCGAAAUAAGACAACGUGGACUUCCACCUAAAGGAGGCGGAAAGAUUUUGUUCACCUCGAAACCCGCCCAUUUUCUGUCUCCAAUACAGCUUCUAACUCCAGGGAAGGUCUACAGGAUUCGUGGUGUUGCAUGGACAUGUCGCGUCAGUCCCAAUGUCGCUCCUCAGUUGGUGCAUGGCGCGAAGGAGCUUUUAAACUCCUUUCUCAGUGAUGUGUACAUAAACCUGGAUCAGCGCAAGAGAGAAGUGGCUGGAGACAGCUCGGGUUUUGGCCUGGUGUUGUGGGCGGUGACAAAAGAGGGUAUCAUCUACACCGCAGAGGCCUGUCACACCGCCGGCGACGAUGCAAAAUCUCCCGUUGUUCCCUCAGAACUCGGUCUGAAGGCCGCCUCUCGACUGCUUGACCAAAUCUACCUCGGAGGUUGUGUGGAUCAGGCGCUUCAGUCGGCGGCCCUCAGUUUGAUGGCCUUCGAGGGCGGGCACAACGCCAGCCAACUGCUCAUCUCCGCACCGACUCCCUACACCGUUCAAACUCUGCGUCUUCUGCAAAAAGUCCUCGGGGUGACCUUUGACCUCACCUACGCGGACCACUACAAAGCCAAAAAGGAGGAGGAGGAGACAGACGGGGAUGAGGAGGAGGAAGAAGAAGAAAUCAGAGAUGGGUUGAAGAGUUCCACAGAUGCCGAAAACGGCGACAGCUCGGCGUUGCAACCACCCACACCGCUGGUCGCCACGUGUUUCGGAUCGGGCUUGAAAAAUCUGAACCUGGCCAUCAGAUGA